AUGGAAAUGCUAAGCAAAGCUGCUGUGGUUGAAAUCGGCAAACUUGUCGACGAGUGCUCGGCGGUUCUCCGUUCUGAAAUAUCCCAACAACACAUGAACGAGAACGAGGCAUUAAAGAAGAAAUGUUACCUGCUAGAGAUUGAAUUAAAGACGAGCUCAGCAUUCAACAACAUAGUCUCCUCCAAGCUCAGGACCCUGGGACUGAUCACCUCCCUCAUCAACUGGAUCUUGGACUUCCUGACGGGCUGUCCCCCUCCAGGCGGUGAGGGUAGGCAACAACACAUCUGCCACACUGACCAUCAACCCGGGGGUUGUGUGCUUAGUCAGAGACCUGGCAAUGUGGUGCCAGCGCAACAACCUCUCCAAGAGAAAGGAGCUGAUCGUGGACUACAGGAACAGAGGGAGAAGCAGUCUGCCCCCGCCAUAGAGGGUGUCUUUGGUAAGGACUGGUGCAUGGACCUAUGGAGAAAUGGAGACUCUAUCCCUCAGGAUAAAGAGACAAUUGGAUCGGUCGUUUUGGGCGAUGGUGACGUCACUCAGGCAAUAGACUUGGUGGACAAUGAGCCCGAGUUGGUGUUUAUCAAAGAGGAGCUGUUUGAGGAUCAGCCAGUGGACCAGCAGAGGGGACAUGCAAGCAACAGAAAAAGGAGUGUAGCAGUGGAGGAUGCUCCAGCAGUAGAGAGAACAGCUGCCAGUCAACUUCACCUAUACCAGGGGGACUUGAACACAUACCCUUCAAUGCCUGACCCUGCAGGCAGCCAUCAGGUACAGCCUGACACAGAGCAGCCCACAUCCGUUGAGAGCCUCAUGGAAGACCCCACUCUGGCUGGUCUGGUUGACAACACACCAGAGCCUGGCCCUGACACAGCCGAUGGAAUGUACAUGGACUAUCCUCCCCGCAACACAUACACACCAAGAAACCGGCCAAGCCUCCAGCAGGGAACUGGAAAAGACCCGAAGCAGCAGUUUGAUUGUUUGUUUUGUGGGAAGAGCUUUGGUUAUUUAAGCUACUUGAAAGUCCACAUCAGACGCCACUCUGGAGAGAAACCGUUUGGCUGCACAGUUUGCGGGAAGCGCUUCGCUCAGAAGACGUACCUGAAGCUGCAUCAGCGUACACACUCCGGAGAGAAACCCUACAGUUGCACAGAAUGUGGGAAGAGUUUCUCUCAGAAGAGUUCGUUGAACGUCCACCUCCGGAGUCACACUGGGGAGAAGCCUUAUAGCUGUGUCGACUGUGGGAAGAGCUACACCUAUAAACACGGUUUUAACACGCACCAAUGUUUCAAUUAAGGGAUUAGGGAGUAGUCAUUUUAUAUUGUCAAUUUGUUUUUAAUUUACAUUUCAACCUUGUUUUGAAAACUGGCAACCGAAACAUCUUUAACCUUAUUGUAAUCAUGGUGGUUUUCAGUAGGUCACGUUUGUUUUUAAACUGUUGCGCUACUGUGUGCCCUUAUGAACAUUACCCAGCUGUUACUCUUCACUACAUGGCAGAGAACUGUUCCAUUCAAGUUUUCCCUCUGCGCCGUCCGUAGGAUUGCACACACUGUGCCUUCUUGUCACACAAUUGGCAAGAGACUAUGCCCCACUGUUAGAUGAAGAGAUUUGAGUGACAUUUUUGAACAGUGGUUGUCCUGAUACCAGUUGUUUGUGCUACUGUGAAGAAUGCCAGUGUGGUAGACCGAUCAUGUAAACGUGUGCCAAAUAAUUUUCUGUCAUGAAUUAUGAAAUUAAAGUAAUGCGUACAGUAA